AUGGCGACUCCUCACCACAAGUUCUCGCUGCGGUGUGAACACAGUUACCUCAAGAUUGCCAUAUUCUUUGACGACGGGGCCGGCACUGUCGCUGACGUCAAGCAGCUCAAAUUCGCCAUCGACAACACGCUCAAGACAGCGUUCGGUGCAGUGGGAGCUUCCGCGAGCGAGUUUGACGUCUUGGCCUUCGAGAACAUGGCUGCAAAUGCCAGCGAGCCCAGUACGGCACUGCUGCGCGUCCAGCGUAGCGGUCUCGAGGUUUUGUGGGGUGCCACGACCAUGUGCACGUCAAUCAACGGGAAGCUCUGCAAGCUCGAGGUGCUGCACAUGGGCGACUCGCUCAUGGACAUGGCUUCAGGAAGGUUUCUGUAG